AGAUGUGUUGGAGAUUCCUGACCCCAUGUUAAAUUUGAUGUCACCUUGCCCUCAUAUUAAUGCUCUUAUGGGUGGCAUUCCAGUACCAUGUUUGAUCGAUACUGGGUCAAUGGUAUCUACUCUUACGGAGAGUUGCUUUUUAAAGUACUUUGAGCCAUGGGGACAGGAACGCCUUCGGACCUGUCAAUGGUUGCAACUUAAGGCUGCAAAUGGACUUUCCAUUCCAUAUAUAGGAUAUAUGGAAUUGGAUGUUGAGCUUUGCGGGAAAUUAGUACCGCAAUGUGGUGUGCUAGUGGUCAAAGAUCCUCCGGGUGGCAUGAGUGCUAAGGUCCCUGGAGUUUUGGGGAUGAAUGUACUGGGUAGGUGUUACCAGGGACUCUUGGGACAACAUGGCCCCUCCCUUUUUGAAUUUCCGCCAGUAGCGAAUGCUCCCGGCUCUGUUGUUCGGGCAUUGCAAUAUUGUCACCAAACCAGCGCUUGUCCUCCAGUUGUGGAAACGGGUCCGGUUAAGACCCGCGGCCCUCGGGCAUACCGCAUACCUGGUGGCACCAUUAAGCUGGUAGCCGCAACUUGUUCGGAGCAUUAUUCUAACGUUACUGCGCUCCUUGAACCUCCAGAAUUUGGGCUCCCUAUGGGGUUAUUGGUUUCUCCUGCUUUGGUUCGAGUGGUUAAGGGCACUGUUUAUGUUCCAGUGGUUAAUGUAGGGAGUGCUGAUGUUUUGCUUUUCCCUCGCCGAGUAAUAGGCACUUUAACGAAUGUGAAUGUGGUCAGUUUGCCCCCAGGCGUCACUGAAGUGAAGUCUAUUUCCUGUAGGAUGUGGUCCAUCACCCCGCAAGUGAGUAUUCCAACGGUUCCAGGCCAAAUUGAUGCGUUGGACUUGUCCCUCCUGUCCAGCGAUGAGCAACGUAAGGUUAGGGCUCUCUUGGUGAAGUAUCAGUCGGUAUUUUCUGCUUUUGAAGGGGAUUUGGGGUGUACUAAUAUCAUUGCACACGAUAUUCCACUUAUAGAUGACACCCCAGUUCGACAACGGUAUCGGCGAAUCCCCCCAUCGGAGUAUGAAGUGGUAAGAGCACACAUUAAUCAGCUGUUGGAUGCUCAGGUGGUACGGGAGAGUUGUAGCCCCUAUGCCUCUCCAAUUGUGCUUGUAAAGAAAAAGGACGGUAGUCUGCGCAUGUGUGUGGACUACCGUCAACUAAAUUCUAAGACGAGGAAGGACGCAUUUCCAUUGCCUCGGAUUGAGGAGUCACUGGACGCCCUGACUGGUGCCCGCUGGUUCUCCACUUUGGAUUUAACCAGCGGGUACAAUCAGGUUCCCAUGUCAGAGGGGGAUAAGCCAAAGACUGCUUUUUGCACCCCAUUCGGGUUAUUCGAGUGGAAUCGAAUGCCGUUUGGGCUCUGCAAUGCCCCCAGCACAUUCCAGCGACUUAUGCAGCGACUAUUUGGUGACCAGCAGUGCCAAUCAUUACUUUUAUACUUGGAUGACAUUGUGGUGUUUUCUUCCUCUGUAGAGCAGCACUUGGAGAGGCUGGAGGUGGUCUUGAGCCGAUUGGAACAUGAGUGCCUGAAGGUUAAGAUGGAGAAGUGUGCGUUUUUCAAGACCGAGGUGAGGUAUUUGGGCCAUGUUAUAUCCGCCCAGGGUGUGGCAACCGACCCUAGUAAAACUGAAGCUGUGGCUCAGUGGCGUCGUCCAAACACGGUCACCGAAUUACGCUCGUUUCUUGGAUUUGCCAGUUACUACCGGCGUUUUGUCGAGGGGUUUGCUAGGCUGGCAGCCCCCCUGCAUAGGCUAGUGGCUGAGUGUUCUCGGGACAAACCAAAGUCUAAGAAACGAAACGGUUUAAGUUUGGAGGGCGCCUGGGAUGAGCAGUGCCAGUCAGGCUUUGAGCAAUUAAAAGAGAGACUAACCUCAGCCCCAGUGCUUGCAUACGCUGACUUUUCCUUGCCCUUCAUCCUGGAGGUGGAUGCUAGUCAUGGAGGGUUGGGAGCCGUCCUCUCACAGGAAAACGAGGGUAGGGUACGUCCCAUUGCAUAUGCGAGUCGCAGUCUUAGGCCCACUGAGCGUAAUAUGGAUAAUUACAGCUCCAUGAAGUUGGAGUUUCUUGCGCUCAAGUGGGCCAUGACUGAGAAAUUUCGUGAAUAUCUGUUGGGUAAUAAGUGUGUGGUCUUUACGGAUAAUAAUCCUCUCAGUCAUCUGACCUCGGCAAAACUCGGGGCGGUGGAGCAGCGCUGGGCUUCCCAGUUGGCGGCUUUUGACUUCGAGAUCCGGUAUAGAUCAGGAAGGAGCAAUAAGAAUGCUGAUGCCCUUUCCAGGCAGAAUCCACCCGAGCAAGGGGCCGUAGGCGACUUAGUCCCAGGGACGGUGGUACCAGUGUCAUUGCAGCAAGCUGUGGGGCUGCAGCCAAUUGUUGAAGCAGUACAGCGGGUGAUCACUACAAUGCCUGGUUACUCACCUGUCGAUUUGAGUUUGUUACAGGAAGAAGACCCUGUGAUUUCUGAGAUUUUGACUUUUUGGAGACGCAAGGCACGUCCUGGGUCUGAGGAGCGACGACGCAUGUCUACUCCAGCCGUGGUACUUCUCCGUCAGUGGGAUCGCCUGUUAGAGAGGGAGGGGGUACUCUAUCGCAGGGUUAGGGCUCCGAGUGGGGGAGAGGAGAUUUGUCAAUUGUUAUUGCCCGCGGUGUUGAGGUCUGAUGUCCUCAGGCAGUUACAUCAACAACACGGACAUCAGGGCAUCGAGCGUACCACUGAACUGAUUAGACAGCGAUGUUAUUGGCCUGGCUUGUCAUCAGAUGUGGAGCGGUGGUGCCAGGAGUGUGAGAGAUGUCAGGUAGCUAAAGAUUCGCAUCCUUUGGCUCAAAGCUUUAUGGGUCAUUUGUUGGCCUCUAGGCCUAACGAAAUUUUGGCCAUAGACUUUACACUGUUGGAACCUUCUAGGUCCGGAGUAGAAAAUGUGUUGGUAAUGACAGACGUGUUCAGCAAAUACACCCUUGCUGUGCCAACUAGGGAUCAGAGAGCGGAAACGGUGGCCCAGACCCUGGUAACUGAGUGGUUCUAUAAGUUUGGGGUGCCCAGUCGUCUCCACUCUGACCAAGGGCGAAAUUUUGAAUCUCUCUUGCUUCGCCAGCUUUGCAGCCUGUAUGAGGUAGAUAAGUCUCGCACCACACCCUACCACCCAGCUGGUAAUGGCCAGUGUGAGCGCUUCAAUCGAACUUUGCACAAUCUGUUGCGCACACUGCCCGUUUCCAGAAAGAGGGACUGGGUGGCUUGUCUUCCACAGCUCCUCUUUUCCUACAAUACCACCCCUCAUCAAGCCACCGGGGAGUCUCCACAUUUUUUAAUGUUUGGCCAAGAACCCCGUUUGCCAGUUGAUUUCUUGUUGGGUAGGGUGCAGGAACCAGUGGCAGGGAAAGUGCAUGAAUGGGUCGUCGAACACCAAACUAGGCUGCAAGUGGCAUUUGAAGGAGCACGGCAACGUUUACAGAUGGUAGCUGCGAGGCGUAAGGAAAGGCACGAUCAGCAUAUCAAGAAUGACCCUCUGGUUGAGGGACAAUUAGUGUACCUCCGUGACUAUGGGGUAAGGGGUCGCCAUAAGAUUCACGAUCUAUGGAGCCCAGUUGUCUACCAGGUAGUGAGAGGGCCUCGAGAGGGGGGUGCGGUUUACACUAUAGCACCAGUGAAAGAUCUUAAUUCAGUGAAAACUGUUCACCGCUCGCUGCUUAAGAGUCGGACCCAGAGGGAGCCCUCGGGUCCUGCCCUCCCCAGUAAUUCGGGUGGUCCCCUGGUCCCGGUGUCACUGCAGGAAGAGGAGGAAGAGGAAAUGGAUCUGGUGAGAGUGUCUACUGGAAGUUUCUCUGGUGGCCCUGGUGGUGUGCAGCUAGCUUCACCUAAGCAAAUUGCCCCACCAUUGGCAGCAGGGUCUUUAGACCCCAUCCCCAGGGGACGAGUGGUUAUCCCUGAUGAGACUAGUCGGGACGAAACUAGUUCAGUGGUGGGGUCCAUGCGAUGGGGUAGGGAGGCCGGGGGGGGCGAGGUACAGCAGCGGAGGACUGGAAGAGUGACUGCCGGCCGUCACACCAAUCUUUACCAUCUCCCUAGGUCUCUGUUGGAUGUGGCAUCCCCAGCGUCCCAUUCUGUAACUGCAGUGUUCAGACCUUGGAUCUGGCACGUUUUCCUUCUAUUGGGUUUUGUGGACAUGGAAGACGAGUUGCAAGAAUUGAGGGAGCUCGUGGCCCAAUUACGAGCUGAUAAUGCAAAGUUGCGGCAAGAUCAAGCUCUUGCAGGGCCUUCAGAUCUGGGCCAUGGUUCCAACGUACCUAGUCCGUCAAUUGCUCCUCUUCAGGCUAUUGAUGUGGGUACUAUUCCUACGGAAAGGUACGUUUUUAUACCGAGGGACCGAAGGUGCCCUAAAUUUAAUGGUAGAUCUGGUAUAGGAAUUAACGAAUGGGUUGAGGAGGCACAGGCCUGCAUGCGGUCCCGUCAUUUUUCCACAGCCGACAAGGCCUUCUUUCUUUUCGACCAUUUAGAGGGGGAGGCACGUGAUGAGAUAAAGUAUAGGCCUGUUGGGGAGCGGGAAGAUCCCGAAAAGAUUAUUACGGCUUUGAAAGAAGUGUAUGGCUGCUCUAAAUCAUAUGUUGCCUUGCAGGAGGCCUUUUUCUCCAGGAGGCAACAUGAUGGUGAGACUCUGUUGGAGUUUUCACUUGCUUUAAUGAGCCUUUUGGAGCAAGUCAAGCAGCAAUCGCCUACGGUCAUGUCAAAUACCGAAACCUUGCUUCGUGAUCAAUUCGUGGAGCAUGUGGCCGAUAGUGCUCUUCGCCGCGAGCUUAAACAGUUGGUUCGGCGUCAACCUAGUGCCACUCUGUUGGAGGUUCGCAGGGAAGCUAUUAGGUGGGAGCAGGAGGGCAUGCUGGGUGGGGCAAGAGGCCGCAGUCAUUCUCUCCCCUCGGCACAUGGUUUUCAAUACGGUGUACAGGGUGUUCGUCCGGGUGGUUGUGACUCUCCUCAGCGGUCUGAGAUGGGAUAUAUGGAAUUGGAUGUUGAGCUUUGCGGGAAAUUAGUACCGCAAUGUGGUGUGCUAGUGGUCAAAGAUCCUCCGGGUGGCAUGAGUGCUAAGGUCCCUGGAGUUUUGGGGAUGAAUGUACUGGGUAGGUGUUACCAGGGACUCUUGGGACAACAUGGCCCCUCCCUUUUUGAAUUUCCGCCAGUAGCGAAUGCUCCCGGCUCUGUUGUUCGGGCAUUGCAAUAUUGUCACCAAACCAGCGCUUGUCCUCCAGUUGUGGAAACGGGUCCGGUUAAGACCCGCGGCCCUCGGGCAUACCGCAUACCUGGUGGCACCAUUAAGCUGGUAGCCGCAACUUGUUCGGAGCAUUAUUCUAACGUUACUGCGCUCCUUGAACCUCCAGAAUUUGGGCUCCCUAUGGGGUUAUUGGUUUCUCCUGCUUUGGUUCGAGUGGUUAAGGGCACUGUUUAUGUUCCAGUGGUUAAUGUAGGGAGUGCUGAUGUUUUGCUUUUCCCUCGCCGAGUAAUAGGCACUUUAACGAAUGUGAAUGUGGUCAGUUUGCCCCCAGGCGUCACUGAAGUGAAGUCUAUUUCCUGUAGGAUGUGGUCCAUCACCCCGCAAGUGAGUAUUCCAACGGUUCCAGGCCAAAUUGAUGCGUUGGACUUGUCCCUCCUGUCCAGCGAUGAGCAACGUAAGGUUAGGGCUCUCUUGGUGAAGUAUCAGUCGGUAUUUUCUGCUUUUGAAGGGGAUUUGGGGUGUACUAAUAUCAUUGCACACGAUAUUCCACUUAUAGAUGACACCCCAGUUCGACAACGGUAUCGGCGAAUCCCCCCAUCGGAGUAUGAAGUGGUAAGAGCACACAUUAAUCAGCUGUUGGAUGCUCAGGUGGUACAGGAGAGUUGUAGCCCCUAUGCCUCUCCAAUUGUGCUUGUAAAGAAAAAGGACGGUAGUCUGCGCAUGUGUGUGGACUACCGUCAACUAAAUUCUAAGACGAGGAAGGACGCAUUUCCAUUGCCUCGGAUUGAGGAGUCACUGGACGCCCUGACUGGUGCCCGCUGGUUCUCCACUUUGGAUUUAACCAGCGGGUACAAUCAGGUUCCCAUGUCAGAGGGGGAUAAGCCAAAGACUGCUUUUUGCACCCCAUUCGGGUUAUUCGAGUGGAAUCGAAUGCCGUUUGGGCUCUGCAAUGCCCCCAGCACAUUCCAGCGACUUAUGCAGCGACUAUUUGGUGACCAGCAGUGCCAAUCAUUACUUUUAUACUUGGAUGACAUUGUGGUGUUUUCUUCCUCUGUAGAGCAGCACUUGGAGAGGCUGGAGGUGGUCUUGAGCCGAUUGGAACAUGAGUGCCUGAAGGUUAAGAUGGAGAAGUGUGCGUUUUUCAAGACCGAGGUGAGGUAUUUGGGCCAUGUUAUAUCCGCCCAGGGUGUGGCAACCGACCCUAGUAAAACUGAAGCUGUGGCUCAGUGGCGUCGUCCAAACACGGUCACCGAAUUACGCUCGUUUCUUGGAUUUGCCAGUUACUACCGGCGUUUUGUCGAGGGGUUUGCUAGGCUGGCAGCCCCCCUGCAUAGGCUAGUGGCUGAGUGUUCUCGGGACAAACCAAAGUCUAAGAAACGAAACGGUUUAAGUUUGGAGGGCGCCUGGGAUGAGCAGUGCCAGUCAGGCUUUGAGCAAUUAAAAGAGAGACUAACCUCAGCCCCAGUGCUUGCAUACGCUGACUUUUCCUUGCCCUUCAUCCUGGAGGUGGAUGCUAGUCAUGGAGGGUUGGGAGCCGUCCUCUCACAGGAAAACGAGGGUAGGGUACGUCCCAUUGCAUAUGCGAGUCGCAGUCUUAGGCCCACUGAGCGUAAUAUGGAUAAUUACAGCUCCAUGAAGUUGGAGUUUCUUGCGCUCAAGUGGGCCAUGACUGAGAAAUUUCGUGAAUAUCUGUUGGGUAAUAAGUGUGUGGUCUUUACGGAUAAUAAUCCUCUCAGUCAUCUGACCUCGGCAAAACUCGGGGCGGUGGAGCAGCGCUGGGCUUCCCAGUUGGCGGCUUUUGACUUCGAGAUCCGGUAUAGAUCAGGAAGGAGCAAUAAGAAUGCUGAUGCCCUUUCCAGGCAGAAUCCACCCGAGCAAGGGGCCGUAGGCGACUUAGUCCCAGGGACGGUGGUACCAGUGUCAUUGCAGCAAGCUGUGGGGCUGCAGCCAAUUGUUGAAGCAGUACAGCGGGUGAUCACUACAAUGCCUGGUUACUCACCUGUCGAUUUGAGUUUGUUACAGGAAGAAGACCCUGUGAUUUCUGAGAUUUUGACUUUUUGGAGACGCAAGGCACGUCCUGGGUCUGAGGAGCGACGACGCAUGUCUACUCCAGCCGUGGUACUUCUCCGUCAGUGGGAUCGCCUGUUAGAGAGGGAGGGGGUACUCUAUCGCAGGGUUAGGGCUCCGAGUGGGGGAGAGGAGAUUUGUCAAUUGUUAUUGCCCGCGGUGUUGAGGUCUGAUGUCCUCAGGCAGUUACAUCAACAACACGGACAUCAGGGCAUCGAGCGUACCACUGAACUGAUUAGACAGCGAUGUUAUUGGCCUGGCUUGUCAUCAGAUGUGGAGCGGUGGUGCCAGGAGUGUGAGAGAUGUCAGGUAGCUAAAGAUUCGCAUCCUUUGGCUCAAAGCUUUAUGGGUCAUUUGUUGGCCUCUAGGCCUAACGAAAUUUUGGCCAUAGACUUUACACUGUUGGAACCUUCUAGGUCCGGAGUAGAAAAUGUGUUGGUAAUGACAGACGUGUUCAGCAAAUACACCCUUGCUGUGCCAACUAGGGAUCAGAGAGCGGAAACGGUGGCCCAGACCCUGGUAACUGAGUGGUUCUAUAAGUUUGGGGUGCCCAGUCGUCUCCACUCUGACCAAGGGCGAAAUUUUGAAUCUCUCUUGCUUCGCCAGCUUUGCAGCCUGUAUGAGGUAGAUAAGUCUCGCACCACACCCUACCACCCAGCUGGUAAUGGCCAGUGUGAGCGCUUCAAUCGAACUUUGCACAAUCUGUUGCGCACACUGCCCGUUUCCAGAAAGAGGGACUGGGUGGCUUGUCUUCCACAGCUCCUCUUUUCCUACAAUACCACCCCUCAUCAAGCCACCGGGGAGUCUCCACAUUUUUUAAUGUUUGGCCAAGAACCCCGUUUGCCAGUUGAUUUCUUGUUGGGUAGGGUGCAGGAACCAGUGGCAGGGAAAGUGCAUGAAUGGGUCGUCGAACACCAAACUAGGCUGCAAGUGGCAUUUGAAGGAGCACGGCAACGUUUACAGAUGGUAGCUGCGAGGCGUAAGGAAAGGCACGAUCAGCAUAUCAAGAAUGACCCUCUGGUUGAGGGACAAUUAGUGUACCUCCGUGACUAUGGGGUAAGGGGUCGCCAUAAGAUUCACGAUCUAUGGAGCCCAGUUGUCUACCAGGUAGUGAGAGGGCCUCGAGAGGGGGGUGCGGUUUACACUAUAGCACCAGUGAAAGAUCUUAAUUCAGUGAAAACUGUUCACCGCUCGCUGCUUAAGAGUCGGACCCAGAGGGAGCCCUCGGGUCCUGCCCUCCCCAGUAAUUCGGGUGGUCCCCUGGUCCCGGUGUCACUGCAGGAAGAGGAGGAAGAGGAAAUGGAUCUGGUGAGAGUGUCUACUGGAAGUUUCUCUGGUGGCCCUGGUGGUGUGCAGCUAGCUUCACCUAAGCAAAUUGCCCCACCAUUGGCAGCAGGGUCUUUAGACCCCAUCCCCAGGGGACGAGUGGUUAUCCCUGAUGAGACUAGUCGGGACGAAACUAGUUCAGUGGUGGGGUCCAUGCGAUGGGGUAGGGAGGCCGGGGGGGGCGAGGUACAGCAGCGGAGGACUGGAAGAGUGACUGCCGGCCGUCACACCAAUCUUUACCAUCUCCCUAGGUCUCUGUUGGAUGUGGCAUCCCCAGCGUCCCAUUCUGUAACUGCAGUGUUCAGACCUUGGAUCUGAAUAACGUGAUGGUUGGAUGGUUCAUCGUCGGGGCGACGAUGCAAAGGGGAGGGGUAGAUUGUAGUGAAGUGCCGCUGUUUGUUGAUGUUCUCUCUCUAGAUUGAGACUCCGCCCUAGAUGCAUGCAGGUAAUCAGCACUCAAUUCAUUGAUAGAUUAAGGUAAUUCAUUCCAAGGGGUAUAUUAAAGUGGUGUCACCGGAGAUUGCGUGAAUGUGCGACCGCGUUCUAGCACGUCAUUAUUUUUGCGACUGUCUGGUGCUCUGGCUGAGGUGAGUGGGACGGCUGUUUUUUUUUUUUAAGGCUCGAGCCUAACGAACAUUAGAUUGAGUGUUACUCUUGUCAGGUUCUGGGCUGUUUGCAGAAAAGCACUCGUUGUGCUGAGGGUUGCAUGCCUGGCAACCCGCGCUGGUUGCCGUAGACGACCGUUUCGGGUAUGAAUUGCAUUCAGCAUCGGGGGUGUAUUGCUGCUUGACUUCCUGCUUAUCAUGACUGUUCAUCUCUUGCCGACUGGACGAGUGGCGCGAUCUCCGCAUGUUUGGUAUGUGCCAGCAAUUGUACAAUAGUAAAUUAAUGCUAUGCAUAUUUUAGCUCAUAGUCAGGCUUUUGCAGGUGACUUGAUCUGCCGUUUUAAGGGCACUUGAAGACUACACUUACCGGCUCUAGGACUUGUCGUCGCUGCUGUUUUGUUCCCAUUACAAUUUCAUUUAGUUUUUUUGUGUUCAUUCCUUUACCAACAUGCUUCAGUGCAGUUGCGCACGUCUGAGCACGCCUCCGCACUGCUAAUGUUUUAUUUUGUUUUUGUUGAGUGAUUUGGCUGUAUUAGUUGGGUGGGGGUAAUUAAUUAAUUUACAUUCUGUGUUUUUCUUGGGGUUGUUUUAUUAUUUGUGAUUUCGUUGAUGU